CGGGUGCCUUUCUAGGACAAUAUUGUUGUUUCUGCGGUACACUCACAAACUCGCGUUUCAAUAGCCGGACACAGCUCGUAUUUUUAAUCACACAGGGUAAUAUGAAUAAGUAUAUUUUACCAGCGUCGAUAUGUGGGACCUUUGUUGGUGUAAGCGUUUUGUUAAAGGAUUAUCUCACAGGAGGCACGUGUCCCAGUAAAGCUAAGAUUGGAGGGAAGACCGUGGUCAUUACAGGCGCAAACACGGGCAUAGGCAAAGAGACUGCCCGGGAACUGGCCCUCAGAGGGGGCCGGAUUAUUAUGGGCUGCCGAGACAUGGAGAAGUGUGAGGCUGCUGCCAAGGAGAUCAGAAGAGAGAGCCUGAACCAUCACGUGUACGCGCGCCACGUUGACCUGGCCUCCGUGAAGUCCGUCCGGGAGUUCGCCAACAGAAUAAAGGAGGAGGAGGAUCGGGUGGACAUUCUGAUAAACAACGCAGCAGUCAUGAGAUGCCCAGACUGGAAAACAGAAGAUGGAUUUGACAUGCAGUUUGGUGUGAACCAUUUAGGUCACUUCUUGCUGACAAACCUCCUGCUGGACAAACUGAAGAGCUCUGCACCGAGUCGUAUUAUCAACCUGUCCUCACUAGCUCAUGCCAUGGGAGAGAUAGAUUUAGAUGAUCUGAACUGGGAGAGGAAGAAGUUUGACACCAAGCAAGCAUACUGCCAAAGCAAGCUGGCCAAUGUACUGUUCACGCGAGAACUGGCCAGGAGACUACAAGGUACUUCAGUUACGGUAAAUGCCCUUCAUCCAGGGGUGGUGGCCACAGACCUGGGACGACACACUGGCAUGCACCAGUCCCAGUUCUCCAGCACAAUCCUCGGGCCGUUGUUUUACCUACUGGUGAAAACGCCGAAGCAGGGAGCGCAAGCCAGCGUCUACCUGGCUGUGGCAGAGGAAUUAGGAGGAGUUACGGGUCGGUACUUUGACGUACUCAAGGAGAAAGAACCGGCCCCGCGAGCCCUGGAUGACAAAGUUGCCCAGAGGUUGUGGGAGGCUAGUGCCAGACUGGUGGGUCUGGACCAGGAUGGGCUGGUGUCGUCCACCACGUCAACAACACAACCUGCAGUUACAACUGUUUGAGCAAACAUAAAUUCUCAACUGUGGAUCAAGACUCAGAGGUGCCUGCAAUAAAAUGAAACUGUACAAGCCUUCUACUCUGCUCUGCACAUGUUAACAAUGGCAGGUUUUGUGUUUCAGAUGCAUUGCUUUUUUUUUUAACACUUGAAUUUAAGUGAAGCACAAACAUAUCACAAAUACCAACUAAAUUAAUAAAAAUCAUAUAUUAUUAAUAAUAUAAAUGUAAUUAAAAGGAGCUGG